UCCAGCGCCUCGCGGCGGCGCCCGGCGGUCCAGGGGCGAAGCCGGGCGGGGCCGCGGCGCGGGUCCGAGCGCCCGAGGCGCCGGCGGAACAUGUGACCACGCCGCGCCGGCCGGGCGAGCAGUGCCGCGCGGUGGCGGCGGCGGGGAGAGCAAUGGAGGCCGCGGCCGCCUGAGAGGCGGGUGCGCUCCCGGGACUGCUGAGCGGGCUGCUGGUGCUGCGGGGCCGCAGCGGGCUGGGCAGUCGCGUCCGCCGCCCGCGCGGGACCGCUCGUCCCUGUCCAGCCGCUCUACCAGCCUCGGCGCCGGGCGGGGACCUCAGUUCAUAAGAGCCGUGAUUCCCAGGCUUUCUCGAAAUGUACCUCAUUUUCCGGCACACUCACCACUGAAGGUGAAUUCUCCUUUUGACAAGAAGAAAGUUUUGGUGGAGAGAUACCCAACAGGGAAAGCACACGUGGCUAGUAAGGUAGUAACAUUUAACAAAACCAUGGCCAUGGAGGAAAUUAAACUUACACAGAAUGUCCAUAAUGAGGCUCUGGGUGCUGAUGUUGCAGACAAGAAGAAGGGCAGCAAAUUCCAGCCUUUUAAGAAGUUGUUUGGCAAAAGGAAAAAGAAAGACACUUCAUCUUCCCGGGAGGCAUCAGCAGGAAAGAAGAGUCACUCUCCUCAGAGCAUCAGCAAUGGAACCUUCUCCUCCGACGAGGAGGCCCUGGAGGACAAUCUAAGGUCCUUCAACUAUUCUAUGGGAACCCGGGCGUUUUCCCAUGACAGUAUUUUUAUCCCUGAUGGGGGAGCAGAAAGUGAGCAGACAGUUCAAGCAAUGUCACAGGACAACAUCCUGGGCAAAGUCAAAACUCUUCAGCGACAGCUGGGCAAGAACAUCAAGUUUGGGCAGCCGCCACCCAGUGCCCCUCCCAUGAAGAAGGCAGACAGUGGGGAGGCCAGCCUAGAAGAGGAUCUGCUCCCGGCCAGUCCCAUGGAAGUUGCAACUCAGCAGGACAUCGUCCUCUCAGACUCCGAGAACAAAUCUAGUGACACACCAGGUUCUCUGAGUCCUCUGAAUCUGCCUGGAGCCAGAAGUGAGAUGGAAGAGAAGGUAGCUCCAGUUAAACCGUCUCGGCCAAAAAGGCACUUCUCUUCUGCUGGCACCAUCGAAAGUGUCAACCUGGAUGCCAUCCCCCUGGCCAUUGCUCGCCUAGACAACAGUGCCGCCAAGCACAAACUGUCUGUCAAGCCAAAAAACCAGAGGGUGUCAAAGAAGCACAGGCGACUUGGACUGGAUGGGGAUCAAUCAAAUGAACAAGGUGGCCUUCUGUGUCAGCUGCCCCUGGACCAGAAUGGACACCCUGCAGAAGACAAGCCAGUGUGGCAUGAAGAGGAGCCAGAACCACUGGACUCCGAGGAAGAAAAGAGACGCCAGGAAGAAUACUGGCGAGAACUGGAGGCCAAGUGCAAACGGCAGAAGGCUGAAGCAGCUGAGAGGAGACGCCUGGAAGAGCAGAGGCUUCAGGCCCUGGAGAGGAGGCUUUGGGAAGAGAACAGAAGGCAGGAGCUCUUGGAGGAGGAAGAAGAGGAUGAGGAGGGAAAGGAGAGAGAACCACAACUAGAUGCAGGAAAGAGGCAAUGCACGGAGGAGAGGCAGAGGCAGGAAGAGCAAGGUGGUCGAGGCCAGGAGCAGAGGGAGCAAGAGGAAGGAAGGCACCAGGAGCGGGAAGUGCAGAGGCAUCCGGAGGAAGAGGCUGAGCCCCGGCAGGAAGAGCUGGAGGUGCAGAGCAGGCAAGAGGCAGAGAAGCAACGGCAGGAGGAAGAGGAGAGGAAAAGGAGGCUGGAGGAGCAGAGGCAGCAGGAAGCUGAGAAGCAGCGGCUGGAGGAAGAGGAGAGGAAGAGGAGGCUGGAGGAGCAGAGGCAGCAGGAAGCUGAGAAGCAGCGUCUGGAGGAAGAGGAGAGGAAGAGGAGGCUGGAGGAGCAAAGGAGGCAGGAAGCUGAGAAGCAGCGGCUGGAGGAAGAGGAAAGGAAGAGGAGGCUGGAGGAGCAAAGGAGGCAGGAAGCCGAGAAGCAGCGUCUGGAGGAAGAGGAGAGGAAGAGGAGGAGGCUGGAGGAGCAGAGGCAGCAGGAAGAAGAAGAGAAGCGGAUGAAGGAGCUCAGAAGGCAGGAGGAGCUAGAGGAGCAGAAACGUCGGGAGGAGAGGAAGAGAAGGGAAGAGCUGAGAAGGCGGCAGGAGGACACAGAGGCACAGAGGCCGCGGGAAGUGGGAGGGGAGCCUCAGGAAGCCCUGAGUGCGGACGAGGAGAGUCUGCUGGAGUCGGGCCGCAGGAGCCCACUUCGGGUCGCCGUGGCUGGAAAACCAGAGCAAGAGCACCCGAAACCUGAGAGGCAAAGAGAAAAUGCCGAGGAGAAUCAGAGCCAGGAGGCUGAACCACCAGGAGAGCAGCAGGGAAAGCAGAGGGAUGUUCACGGGCGAGAUGGUUGUGUCCAUCAGGAAAAGGAGGAAGAAGCUAACAUAUCCCCUCACCAGAAACAAGGGAUGCAAGUGAGCAAGAUGCUGGGCACAGUGGAGAAGAAAGAAGCUGCCACCCUAGAAAAAGACAGAAAGGGGGAGGAACUCAGGUGGCAGGAAGUGGAUGAGAGGCAGACCAUGCCCAGACCCUAUACUUUCCAGGUGUCAUCAGGUGGGAAACAAAUUCUCUUCCCCAAAGUCAACCUGAGCCCCAUGACGCCCGUGAAAGACGCAGGGCUUGCCUCCCCUCCCCACGAGCCAAAGGCCGCCAAAGCCAGCCCUGCCUCCCACACUCUGCCCUCAUCACUGAGCAUCCCCCACACGGCCAUUCUGGUCACGGGAGCACAGCUGUGCGGCCCAGCCGUCAACCUGAGCCAGAUCAAGGACACCGCGUGCAAGUCUCUCCUGGGUUUGUCAGAAGAAAAGAAGCACGUGGAUGUCCCCACUCUGGAGAACGCCCCCCGAUCCCCCACCGACCCCCGGGCAGGCAACAGGAAGGCCAGGCCCCCCCAGGAGUCCCCAAACAGUGUAGCCGCACUGGCUGAAUGGGCUUCCAUUCGGUCCAGGAUCCUGAAGAACUCAGAGAGCGACCAGUGCAGCAAGAGAGACCAGCCUCAGCCUGGUGAUGAGCACAUCCCCAGGGGCCGAUGUGACUCCCGGGGGAACCUCCGGAAGACUCCACCAGUAAACGCAAAGUUCUCCAUUAUGCCUGCCUGGCAGAAAUUCUCCGAUGGGGGCACAGAGACCUCCAAACAGAGCACGGAGGCUGAAGGCAUUAGAAAAAGACCCGCGUUGGGAGCCAGCGACGAGACAGCGCCCCCGCCCCUGGCUGCUGAUAGCAGCGAGCACCAGAAGGGCACGGAGAACCUGGGGGUGCACCAGGAGCCAGCAGACACCACCGAGGGAUGCAAAUUUGCCAAAGACCUGCCAUCUUUCCUUGUUCCAAGCCUUCCUUACUCUCUGCAGAAAGCAGUGGCCCACACAGAGCCUGCUGCCGUGUCAGAUAACGAGACCACCAGUGGUGUAGGAGAGCCAGACGCCGUGAUGCCAGGUGGGGAAGAGAAAGCCUCACCUUUUGGAAUAAAGUUGAGAAGGACCAACUACUCCUUGCGCUUCCACUGUGACCAACAGACAGAACAGAAGAAGAAGAAAAGGCAUAGCAGCAUUGGGGACGGCGUCGACGGGCUGCUGCCUGCGCCAGGGAGCACAAAUGGAGAGAAGGAGACAGACGGUGUGGCCCUCAAGCAUGGCCGGUCCCUUCCUCUGGAGAGGAAGCAAGCCCCGAGCACCUGGAAGGACUCUGCUGAAAGCCCUUCCAGCCACUCCCCUGCCGCCCAGCCUGGGCCCCCACCGGUCAGCCUCCAGACCCCGGCUCCAGAGCACAAGGCAGCAAACAGAAUGCCAGUGGUGCAGAAGCCAGCCCUGGCACCCAAGCCCGCCGAUAAGACCCCACCGCCCUCCCCACUCUACAAACUGAGCAGGCCCUACCUGGGGGAGCUGCCGGCUCGGCGGCCAGGGAAGACUGACCCGGGGUCCAGUGAGCCGUGCAAGGAGAGCCAGGAGAGCGGUGACCCUUGGCCACCCUCACCGCCACCCCCUGAGGAGAGGAAGGCCCAGAGAAGGGAUAAGGAGGAAGAGAUGGAAACAGAGAGGAAACCUGCAUCCCCAGCUCUGUCUGCUGCCCCACAGGAGAAGCCUCCCCAGACUCCCGAGGCCAGGAGGAAAGAAAAGCCAGUGCUUCAGAGCAGACACUCUUUAGAUGGCUCCAAACUUGUGGAGAAAGCUGAAACCGCGCAGCCACUGUGGAUAACGUUAGCACUGCAAAAGCAGAAGGGCUUUCGGGAGCAGCAAGCUACUCGGGAGGAGAGGAAGCAAGCCAGGGAGGCCAAAGAGGCAGAAAAGUUCUCCAAGGAUAACGCCGGCAUCAGUCCACCGCCAGGAAGCAGUAGUGUGAGCAGAGCCGGGUCCCUGCACAAGGCUACGGCUCAGCCGGAAGAGAAGAAACCAGAGACAGCAGGGUCCAGGCUGGAGCGCAGAGAGCAGCUGAAAAAGGCCAACACCCUCCCGACAUCUGUGACAGUGGAGAUCUCGGAUUCGACUCCCGCAGCACCGCUGGUGAAAGAAGUCACCAAGAGGUUUUCCACCCCGGACGCUGCCCCCGCCUCAACAGAACCAGCCUGGCUGGCUUUGGCCAAAAGGAAAGCCAAGGCCUGGAGCGACUGUCCACAGAUCAUUAAGUAAAGAGUGACUCUUGUUCAUCCUGUUCCUAGUUAUUGGCUCCUCUCUUGCCCAUUUUAUUUAUUUAUUUUUUUAUAUGAGGUAAAGAAACCAAGCUAGGGAAAAGCAGCAUGUUUUAUAGGCUCUAAAAUAAUGUUUAGAAACAGAACUGGUGGUGUUCCUUGUAAAGAGUGUAUUUGCACAACCCUAGGUCCAGGUGCCUUGAGCUCCUCCUCAUUCUAAAGAGACAGUUCUGUCCGAGGGACCACAUGAGGCAAAUUCUGCAGACUCAGAACCGCUCAGGAGAGCCUGCCACGUCCACUCCACAGCCCUCCCACACGUACACGCCCACGCACCCUCCAGCAUGUACUUUUGCCAAUCUUUGUAAUGGUUUUUUGACUCUAUGCUCCAGUUUCUUUUAUCCAAAACAUUUACCCUGCCAUGUGUCUGGGGAUUUCUACUUUUUUCUACAGUAGUGGUGAGGGGAUCAUAUAUACAUAGAAAUAAGAACGCCCAUUCUCUGGAACAUAGUGACUAGCUAGAAAUUGCAAGUAACGGUCUGCCUCCCAACCCUGCUCCAACUCUGCUCGAGUCUGGUUCUCAUGAGUUUCCCCACUGACGCUGUAACACAGAAAGCAGAAAGCGAGUCCGCCCACACUCCCACCACUGUUGAUCCACGGGCCCCCCUGUACCAGUGCUCUCCUUUAAGGACACUUAAACAUCAGGCCCGUUUGGCCCCUAGGGAACACUUUUAUUUACUAUGAUAAAGGAAGCUACCAAGUCUCUUUCUGAGAAGCCCCACCUAGUGCAGGUGUUCUUAAGACGCCCAGGCUUCCACCUCAGACCUACUAUGAGGAGGGGGCCAGAAAUGCAUAUUCUGGCAAAAACUCUUCACACGGGUGCUGUUACAUCCCAAAGGCUGAGAACCUCGGGACACACAGCUUCCAGUGCAAUCUAGUUUUUAAAACUCUGACGGGGAGACUCAUUUCACCCAGAAAAGCAAAGGUGAGACAAGAAAAAUAAUAAAACAACACCCCCUUCUGCAACCAUUACAAGGUACGAGAGGCUACGGACAUUACAUGCCUCUGAAAAGCCCCUAAGUCUUUAGGGGAAGUUAAAAGGAGAGUAAGAUUUGGAGCCUUUGUACUAAGAACCUCCUGGGGAAGUUCCUUUCUUUACCAGAAUCGAGUAAUCCAUACUUAGAGUCAACUAUUCAAUAGCAUUUGUAAUUUAGAGCAUUCACCUCGCUACCUUUGAAAAACAUCUCAGAGUUUUAAGUGGCCUUGUUAUCAUACACAUGCGAUACACAGAAGGGACCUGGCAGUUUAAAAGCCACAUAUAUUCUCUCAUUUCCCUAAAUUUGCUUCACAUGAAACAUAGACAUACAGCAAGCCCACACACUGCUGCUACUAACUUGACAUUUCAUGGUGUUGGCAUAUUCCCAUUUCCUUAGCUUCUGACCCCAAAGUAUAAGUACAAAUCUUUUGCCCAGUUCAGGGAGAAAUACAUCCUUUUUUCCUCCUCUACAAACACAUUUUAUUAGUAUGUAUUUUUCUCCUUUAUGUUCACUCAAUAGACAAUGUGCUGUUAUUCUGUGUUGUUAUUCUAUCAUUUACCUUAAAGAAUAAAUGACAGCAAACGUAUUUACCAUACAGAAGGCAUUUUCUCUCUGCAAACGAUGGCUCAGCCUUAUGGUAGCAGCCAGGAUGUGUGGUAUUACUGAUAGCUAUACUCUUACAAGUUGAUUUUUAUAGAUAUAUACUGGACCUCCAGUUUGUUAAGAAUCAAUGUAACUAAUUCUGUGUUGCUAUGGAGAGCAAUACUCCAUGCACAUUUUCCAACUGAUGUUCAUUUCCAAAUCAAAUAUGUAGGCAUCUGUUAGUUUCGAUGAUUUCCUCACUAAUGUAACACUUUUUAAUAGGAAAUUUUCCACCUAGAGUCUUGUGCUACAGUAAUUCUUCUGAAUUGACCUUUUCAUUCACCCUCUCAGCUUUAGAUUAUAUCCUAGUAAUGGCAGAGAACAAGUGAAGAAGUCAGACUUAUUAACCAAGAAUGGUAGAGGAGGGCACUGUACUGGCUCACCUGUGGUAAAGCCCAUACAAAGCAAGAGAAACGCCACGGUGAAAGUUCCCUCCAAACCUGGACGAGAAGAGCGUACUGAGGAAGGCGCAGUCACAGCACUGACUGCCAACAACUCCUAAAGGCUACAUGUUUAACAUUUCAUGUAAUAAUAUUCCAGAUUUGCACUAAAUACCAGUGAAGUGUUAUUUUGCUUUAGUCGUGCUGCAGUCUUUUUCACAUCAACAAAAUUCUGUAAAAACAGAAUUCUGGGGGAAAUUCUGUAAAAACAUAAAAAAUUCAAGACAAAAAAAAUCUCAUUGCUACGUUAAAUAUACAGCUUUUUUAAAAAAAUUAAAACUAACUCUUGUCCCAGCAAGGUCAUAGAUAAUUAACUUCCAUUCAUAGACAUAUAUAUAAAACUAGAACUUUUUUGUUUACUUUUUAAAUUUUUCAAGUGCAAUUGUUCCUUAUACAUGAAUCACUAUUACAUUACCAUUUCAGCCAGUUAUCAGCAGAUUAUAGUAUAUAUUCAUUGUCUCUUCUUGUGACGUUUAAUUGCUUAUUUUAAAGCAGAAAUAUUAGAGUUACAAGUGUCUUGCAAUAUUUUUACCAACAAUAAAAUUAAGUAGAGGCUUAACCAUGAAAAUACCUUAGUGUGAUUUUAAUAUUAUUUUGAGAUUUUGGCUGUAUAAAGUUUCAAUGUAAAAUGUCCAUUGUUGGAAGGAAAAUGAUCUUUCAAUAAAAAAAUACCCACAAGAUCUUUAGCACUGACAGAAUCUCCUUUUCAAGUUGACUUUUUACUAAUUUCAAGGGACAUCCUAUUUACAUAGCUCUUGUUGAGAAAGAAAAAUUUCAAGGUAUUUUUAUGUGGUACCUUAUUAUACUUUUUUACUAGGUGUUUUUGGAGAAGAAUACUGAAUAGGGCCAAAUAAAAAUGUUUAUCGCAAUCCUAAGUUCGAAUCAAGGGUCUGUGUCUCAGACAGUACGACCCGACAACCUCCUUCCCCAAAGCGUGGGUCACAGAACAGCAGCACGGCGUACAUGGAGAGCUUACAGCCCUGGGCCAGACCUACCGACCCUUGCAGCUGGACUAGGUCAAAGUGAGUAAUGUGAGUGAGGUACUUACCUCGGGUGCAAAAAAAAACAAAAAAAAACAGAUACUGUUUUGGAGGCAGGUUCAAGGUGGAGGUGUAGGAGGAUGAAGAACUCACCCCCUCCUAAGGAUAUGUCAAAUAUGUAUCUUUCUGUAAAGCAGUUUCUCCUGAGAGACAACUGAGGGACAACUGAACAGCUUCUGCACACAAGAGAGACCAUGUGGAAGGCAGGGGAGGCACAGGAGCUAUCCAGGAGCUGGGAGAGCUACCUAGGACUGGAGGAACUGGUGAGCACCACUGUUUACGUUGCCCCUGCCCUUGGACAGCAGGCAGGAGUUCUAUCCAGGUUCUCUGGCUGACCUGCAGGGCCACUUCAGCAUGUUCCUGACCACGCUUCCUGGAACAGACCCAGCAGGAUCAGGAGGUGCCACAGCCCUCACACCUGAGCCCUUUCCCCUGGAGACUAUCUGAUAGAGUGUGUACGGCAGAAUGCUGACACAUGCACCCACUGGACCACACAAACUGGGACUCCCUGCCUGGAGAGAGUGAUGAACCAGCAAAACACUGCAGUCCCCACACGCAGGGCUGCUUUCCCGGAGAGGGUGCGGAACUGGUGUGGCAAUGCUGUGUGAGCAUGUAGGGCUGCCCUGCCUGGAGCAAAUGUGAGACCAGCGAAGUGCUGUGGUGUGUGCAUGUGGGGCUGCCUCAUCCAGGGUAAGUGUGGAAUUAGCAGGUACUGCAACAUGCAAAUUCAGCAGCCCCACCUAGACCAGGCUUAGGCAACAGAUAAGCAACGGGGUGCACUGUGGGCACCUGGGAAGCCUGGCCCAGAUCAGAAGGGCAAGGAAGUGAGCACACGAGGCUGCCCCACCUGGAACCAACUCCUGGUCAGAUGGCACACUGGGAACUACAGGUGCCCACCCCAACCACAACAGGCCUGCCAAAGCCAUCCAGCAACAGUCUACACCGAGGCCACUUUUUCAAGAUUGGGAAAGAUAACUAUUUUGUCUAACUCAUAGGAACAGCACCAAACAGAAUUGGAAGACAGGAAAAAAAAAUGCCCCAAAUGAAAGAGCAAGAAAAAAAACUCUUAAUAAAAUGUAGAUGAGUAAUUUGCUGAUAAAGAAUUCAAAUAAAUGGUCAUAAGGAUGCUCAACAAACUUCAGAAUAAAGUAGAGAAAUUAAGAGAGAAGAAUUAGAACAUAAAGAACCAAUCAGAGAUGAAGAAUACAUUACCCAA